UGGAUUACGAGCAACAGGACCGUUCGUAUCGCAGCCCGAACAAAGUGUACGUCGCGGCUCAACAGAUGAGUAUGACCACUGGGUUGACGAGAUGGAUGAGUUGUAUGUAGAGGAGAGACAGCAGGUAUGCCUUGCAUCAGAACACGUCAAGCGCAGUACUGCUUCUUUUCUUCCGGUCGCAGAGGCUGAGUGACCAUGAACGGCGCCAUAGGGCUGAGAGGCCAGCCGGUGAGCACCGAAUUAUCGAUUUGUAUGUGUCUUUCUUUCCUCUCUGUCUCAGGCGCUCCCUCGUCGAAGGCACACGAGAGCGCUUCAGCCGAUGAGGACGCAUUUCUCAGCUCGUUUGCACGAAAGAGAGCCAGCUUGUCUCCGACCGCCCGUCUCGUGGACAAAUCGUCAUCGUCGCCCCUCGUUGCUGCGCUGACUCAUGGCCGUGAGAGAGCAGAUAGUGGGGAGAUCGACUCGGGGACAGACGACGGUGAACCCGAUGUGCAAGAGGAACAUGGCGAAGGCAGAGGGAGCGCACAGAGGCGAAGAGUAGGGAAGUUAAGAGAAGCACCAUAAAAAAAAAGAGACACGGGCUUUUUUCUCCCUUCUCCUUUCGCAGCAACGAAGACACGAGCUCGAGCACCACCGUGUGCCGAUCGACACCUCCCCUCUCAGGUCUGCCGCCAAUCCUGUUUCAUCGGCGGCGCGUGCUGAUGCAGCCGUGAUGGACGAAGAUGACGAUGAAGACGAUGACGAAAGCUUGGAAAGUUAUGGGAGAGGCAUGGGUGAUGUCUCGACGCCAUUUGCACUGAAGCGGGCGGCGACAGCAGAGAAAAGGAAAACGGUAGGGUGGUGUCAAGGAAAAGACAAAAACACGAGGGGCGAUUCCUGGCUGCAUUUGGACAUGUUUGUGUCAGCGUGAAGGGUUGAGUUUUGGCGAUGUGGCGGGAACGCAGAUACAGAAUAUGGCUGGCGGGCAAACGCAGGAGUCAGACGAGCAGAAACGACCUGUCACCUUACGUAAGUCAAUGCGUUGGAUUCUCCCGCCCGUUUUCCUGCACAUUCUGUGGGUCUUCAGUUCGCAGCGCCCAGCUGUUGUACGACACAGUGCUGGAGGACCAUUUAGAUAAGAGACACCGCAAUGGCUUCAUGUGGCAGAGCAGGUAGGCUUGAUGGGCUUUCGGCGUGUCUGUAUACACCAGAGGCGCUUUAUUUCUAUCCACGGUGCAGAUGGGUGCGUGUGUGGAGCUUUGCCCUCCUAUACUUCGGCGAUCGAAAGGACACAGUCCCAAGUGGAGGUACUUCGUCCUGUCGGUCAGAAGGACACAGUCCUGUACCUCGUCUCCUGUCUCUGACAGUCCUGGACUUCAGAGAGCACAGCUGGACCGUCACAGAAGACGAGCGCAACCCAAAAAUCUUCAGGUCAGCCUCCAUUGCAAAGUGUUCGAUUCACCGGGACAACAUCAUGCUUUAUGCGCGCGUUGUUCGCAAGGAUGAGGGCAGAGGGCCAAAAUCGUGAGUUCGUCUUUCGUGUGGGGCGUGAGUCGUCGACCGACCGCUCUACGUGGUUGAGGCAUAUCCGAAACCAAAUGGCGGCUGCCAAGACCGUCAAAGAAGUUGCCCAGUCACGAGGGCGGUGAGGGCAGACAGCAAGAUGGUCAGCCACAUUGCAGAGGGAAUGGAGAGGACUGAGUGAGUCGGUGAGGUGUCUGUCUGAUUUGAGUCGUGAUGCCUGCCUUCUGGGUCUGACAGUGUG